AUUCUGUCGCAGUUGCUAGGUGAUUAUGACAAGGUGAAAGCGGUGUCAGAAGGCUCCGACUGUCAGUGCAAGUGUGUGGUGAGGCCCCUGGGCAGAGAUGCCUGCCAGAGGGUGAAUGAAGGUGUUUCGAGACCAGAAGAUUUUUAUGUGGUGGAAACAAUAACUUCUGGACCAGAAUGCAAAUGUUCAUGUGUGGCUCCACCAUCUGCUCUGAACCCUUGUGAAGGAGACUUCAGGCUGAAAAAGCUGCGAGAAGCAGACAGCAAAGAUUUCAAGCUGGCAGCUGUUAUUGAGAUGCUGGAAGGUGCUUUCUAUGGGUUGGAUUUGCUCAAGCUGCAUGCCGUCACGACAAAGCUGGUGGGUCGAGUGGAGAAACUAGAAGAGGAGGUGUCUAGAAACCUCACCAAGGACAGUAAACAGAAGAGGCAGAAUGCAGAGGAGAGUUUGCAAGAGAUAGAUGUUAAAGAUGAGAUGAACUCUUCCAGUAGCAUGUCCAGCAACCGUCCUGACAUCGAGAAUUCACUGCAGAGGGAUGCUGCAGCAGCCUACACCCUGACCGAGGAAAAAUAUGAAGACGUUUUCUUGCAUGACGAGAUGGCUUCUCAGCAAAUCAGCUCAGUGGAGUCCUUGCGCUAUGCCCCCCCAGCCCCAGGAGCAACAAAUCCAAAGUCCACUUUGCCGAGAAAACUUCACGUGAGGAGCCGGACUCCAUCCUGGCCAACUAUCAUCAGAGGAGUUACUUACUAUAAGGCUACAGAUCCUGAAAUGGAAAAUGACCUUGAAGAACAAGAUGAGCCUUUUAGUGGAGAUGCAAUUGAUUUGCUGAUUGAAGAUCAACUUUUGCAACACAACUACCUGUUAAAUACUCCCACCAGGAAGCCACCACCUGUGGAAGGCCCACGUCUUCACCAGAACAAUAAAGUCACGAGGGGGCAAGUUACAAGCACUACACCAGUUGAAAAAGAAGCCUCUGUGACCACAACUAGAGCUACAGAGCCCCCAGUGCCUUCUGCCAUCACUCCUCCCUCUUUUGAGCCAACACCAUCAUCAGUCUUUUUUACCAGUGGCAGUUUUUCAACAUCUGUAGAAACCACAACAGCAGCUGAAGCUUCCUCCAUCCAUAGGUCAAAGGCAGAAGAUACCAGAUGGACAAUGAAAACAUUAGCUGAGGCCACCACACAAGUUCCCAGAACUCAGAGUGCAUCCCCCACAAGGCCACCUGUGGUCAGGGUGCCCACAACAACUUUCCAAACAGAGGCAAGAACUGAGCCUAAUUCAGAUGGCGGAACCGAAGCUGUGACAUCUCCAGCCCCCGUCCAUGCCAGCCUCACCACUACCCCCAGCAGCCUUGAUGAGGAAGAUAUCAGAAACAGCAUUGGCCAGUGCAAAGACACUUUGUCCACCAUCUCGGGGCCUGUGAUCCAGAAUACCUAUGGGCGAAAUGAAGGUGCUUGGAUGAAGGAUCCAGUUGCCAAGGAUGAGCGAAUCUAUGUCACCAACUAUUACUAUGGCAACACCCUGGUGGAAUUCCGGAAUUUGGAUAGCUUUAAACAAGGCCGAUGGAGUAACUCUUAUAAACUGCCUUAUAGUUGGAUGGGGACAGGCCAUGCGGUCUUUAAUGGCUCUCUCUAUUACAAUCGGGCCUUCACGCGCAACCUAAUCAAAUAUGACUUGAAGCACCGCUACGUGGCUGCCUGGGCCAUGUUGCAUGAUGUAGCGUAUGAGGAGGAGACACCUUGGCGGUGGCGUGGCCAUUCUGAUGUGGAUUUUGCAGUGGAUGAGAAUGGCCUGUGGAUAAUUUACCCAGCCAUUAAUUAUGAAGGCUUCAGCCAAGAAGUGAUUGUCCUCAGCAAACUUAAUGCCAUGGAUCUGAGCACUCAGAAGGAGACCACUUGGCGGACAGGCCUGCGCAAGAAUUUCUAUGGCAAUUCUUUUGUCAUCUGUGGUGUUCUCUAUGCUGUUGACAGUUAUAAUAAGAAGAAUGCCAAUAUCUCAUAUGCAUUUGAUACACACACCAACACCCAGAUUAUCCCCCGCCUGCUUUUUGAGAAUGAAUACUCCUACACUACGCAGAUAGACUAUAACCCCAAGGAUCGGCUCCUUUACGCUUGGGACAAUGGCCAUCAAGUUACUUACAAUGUCAUUUUUGCUUACUGAGGACAGAAUGGGGUAAUUUUAAUGGGCCACUUGCACCUUUUUUAUAAAUAUUUUUAUUGUACAAAUCAAAGAGAAUGUGGUUGUCAGUUUUGUACCUUUUUAAAAAAUAAGUGGAUUGUAGAUCAGUCCAUAUGCCAAAGUCAGUCAUUUUAUUUUGGAUGUAUCUUGCUUUUGUUUUUUAUACUGAAUAUGCUGCCUCCCAGUAGAGAAUGGAAAAUAUUUCUUCAUUAGCACCUGCCAAGCGCAGAAUCCAUGACGAAGAAAUUCAUCCCAUUUUCUUAUCAUUUUAAUACAAGAGUUAACACUUUGGGUAAGAAAACAAAAAAAUGGUGAUUUUUUUAUAAUAAAAUAUCAAUGUUAAAACUCAGCAAAAACAGAGUUUCUGGAGUUUUUGUUUGUUUUUUGGGGUCACUUUUCUAUCUAGUCACAUUGCUUAAUCUAGGCAACAGAUCAGACCUGAUAAAGUUGAUGCUGGUAACAUCAAUAAAAUUUUUCAUUCAUACAACAAAAAUAACAGUGUUGAUAUCUUGAAUAAUACUCAAAAGCUUUCAAUUCAAUAAAUGACUUGUUCCUGUGUAACGAAACCUUAAGCAGCCUGUGAAGGAAGUGCAUUAAUCUCUGUCUCCUGUUGAAUUGCUGGGACUUUGCUUUGACUGUGUACUACUAACAGCUUCAUGUAUGUAUAUAUGUCAUAACAAAGUGGAGGUGAAAUACUAAGCCUAUCAAAGAAUGCCUUAUUGUACCUCCUUCACUGAAGGUUCUCUUGAGGCCGGAUGGCCACUCAUUGGUGCUCUAGCUGCAAUUUUUCUGCACUGGCAGCUGAUUGUACUAACUGAGAUUCAGGUCCCCUUCAGUGCCAUGGUUUCUGCAUCCAGAAAGCACAGACGUCCCGACCCCUUAGAACUGCCAUGUACCAAAUGAGAAUGUCAUGAUAUACCCUCCUGAGCACGUUCAUUAUUUAUUAUUAGCCAAAUGCUCACCAAAGGCAAGAAAAGAGAUGAAAAUACAGUGGUGCCUCGCCAUAGGAAAC